AACGGGUGUGAAGAUCGAUCAUUUCUCUUAGCGCAGCCUUGCUGGGUUUUUUUCCUUAAAGAGAAGCGGGACACAUUUUGCUCCGUUUUGGUCUCCCUGCUUCCUGCCGUCUGAGGAAGCGCUGCGUGAAUCAGCUAACGUUAGCUCUCCCCUGCCACAUCUGACCACUUAUUGAUUUACUGCUGCUGAGCUCCUAACACUGUUAUUAAGCUGGAUCGCAGCCAGUGAUGUUCAGGUUCUCCUCUUUCUUGUGGUUGUGUCUCCUCUCUGCCAGGAUCUGAGUUACCACGGUCCGUGUUGGGACGGUAUUGGGAACUACUGGUCAAUUGUUCAUCACAUCUGGUGACCAGGAUGGCCUUAAAUGUCUUUGAUCACGAUGAGUACAGACCACCAGUCUGGAAAUCUUACUUGUACCAGCUCCAGCAGGAGGCGCCACAUCCUCGCAGGAUCACUUGCACAUCAGAGGUGGAAAACCGGCCUAAGUACUAUGGAAGGGAGUUCCAUGGGAUGAUAUCCAGAGAGGAGGCCGAUCAGCUCCUGAGUCAGGCUGAAGGCAGCUACCUCAUCAGGGAGAGCCAGAGGCAGCCGGGCACCUACACUCUGGCUUUAAGGUUUGGAAACCAGACGAGGAAUUUCCGUCUCUACCACGAUGGGAAACACUUUGUUGGCGAGAAAAGGUUCGAGUCUAUCCAUGACCUGGUGACGGAUGGCCUCAUCACGCUCUACAUCGAGACAAAGGCAGCAGAGUACAUCGCCAAGAUGACCAUCAACCCCAUCUACGAACGCGUGGGCUACACCACUCUGAACCAGGAGCCCACUCUGAAGAAACUCCUGCCACACAGCCCAGAGACGCCCGGCGGACCAGUCCCUAUCAAAGAUGGCCGAAACACAGAAGAGAGGCUCACGUCUCUGGUGCGGCGCGCCACGCUGAGGGAGAGCGACAUGGUGCCCAAGUAUGAGAAGGUCCACAACUUCAAGGUUCACACGUUCAGAGGUCCUCACUGGUGUGAAUACUGUGCCAACUUCAUGUGGGGUCUGAUCGCUCAGGGAGUCAAAUGUGCAGACUGCGGGCUGAACGUUCACAAGCAGUGCUCCAAAGUCGUCCCCAACGACUGCCAGCCGGACCUGCGGCACGUCAAGAAGGUCUACAGCUGCGACCUGACCACGCUGGUCAAAGCCCACAACACCAAGAGGCCCAUGGUGGUCGACAUGUGCAUUCAGGAAAUCGAAGCUCGAGGUCUUCAGUCUGAGGGUCUGUACAGAAUAUCUGGCUUCAGUGAGCUGAUUGAGGACGUCAAGCUGGCCUUUGACAGAGACGGAGAGAAAGCAGACAUUUCAUCAAACGCUUAUGAGGACAUAAACAUCAUCACCGGCGCCCUCAAGCUGUACUUCAGGGAACUGCCGAUUCCUCUCAUCACAUACGACGCUUACCCACGCUUCAUAGAGACCGCAAAAAUUACAGACCCAGAAAAACGACUGGAGUCUCUGCAUGAGGCCUUGAAGCUGCUGCCCCCCGCCCACAUCGAGACACUCAGAUACCUCAUGGCUCACCUCAAGAGGGUCACGGAUUACGAGAAGGAGAACCUCAUGUCCAGCGAGAACCUGGGUAUCGUCUUCGGUCCGACGCUGAUGAGGGCGCCUGAACUGGACGCCAUGACGGCCCUCAAUGACAUCCGAUACCAGAGACUGGUGGUGGAGACGCUCAUUACCAAUGAAGAUGUGUUGUUCUGAGAGAAAAGGACGAAAAAAAAGCUCCGGAGAAAUGGAGGAACAUGUCUGGAAAGAUGAAGGAAGGGACUGUUUACGAGGAUUCCCCCGCAUUUUUAUGUAAUCUUUCACAAUCAGCAAACUUGAAGAUGUUAAAUAUUGAUAAUGACAGCUGAAACUCUGAGCCUUCUGAGGUCAAAAGAACGUAGCAACUGCCCAUGUAGGGGAAACACUGGUUUUAGUUUUUAAACGGAUGCCUUGAAACUUUUAGCUUUUAGUUUUUCUGUUUAUUUAUCUUGUGAAAAGACCAACAGAGGUGGCAUUGACUUAUGCAUCUUGACAUUUCAAGUUGAAUCAGAGGCUAGAGAAGAAAUGAGCUCAAUUUGUAUAUUAUUUGGUUAAUUUUUAGCAUGACAUUUAUUUUUUCUCUUUGUUGUACCAAUGCUUGUUAGCUAAAAAUCUUUUUUCCGUCUUAAACUGUGCCACAUUUGUAAGCAAAAUUCAGCAACAUUUAAAAUUUAUUUCAGUUCAAUCCAAUUAAAAAUGCUUUAUUUAUCCCAAAGUGAAAUUAAAUGUUGUCAUGACUCACAUUAUCAAAGAGCCUUUUGGAAUGUAUUAUGGUUAAAAAAAACAGGCAGAGAUGUUGGAGUUGGGGAUAUAAUUGAGGUUUUAUGGUUAGAAAACCGGGCAGAGAUGUUGGAGUUGGGGAUAUAAUUGAGGUUUUAUGGUUAGAAAACCGGGCAGAGAUGUUGGAGUUGGGGAUAUAAUUGAGGUUUUAUGGUUAGAAAACCGGGCAGAGAUGUUGGAGUUGGGGAUAUAAUUGAGGUUUUAUGGUUAGAAAACCGGGCAGAGAUGUUGGAGUUGGGGAUAUGUCUGACUUGAAUUGAUGGUUUGAAUGUCUUCUUUCUCUCUCUGCAACCAUGAAGCCUUCUUUUCAACUCCUCUAGGAUUUGUGGUCAUAUUACAUGUAUUAAGGCCUUUACGGGGAUUUAAUACCAACAAGCACUUUUACAACAAAGAAAUAAUCAAAUCUGUGUUUUUCUUGCUAUAAACUUCAAGACUUCACUUUUCUGUCUUCACUAUGAAGCCAACAUGUUCAUUUAAAUCUCCUCUGAAAAGGAAGCAGUACUGGCUAAUGAAAGUAGAAUAUGAAGGAGUUUAUUUUCAUCUUCUUUUUAAAGAAACUUGUGCCAUUUGAAGGAAUAAAAUGGAGGCCUUUUGCUUGUUUCUGCUCAUCAGUUAAGACUCCCUGUUUCUUGUUUUUACCCCCACUUUUGUCGGGGGACGGUGUUUGAAUUGAAGCGAUGAUGACCCGGAGAAGUAAAGAGUUGGAUGUAACUAACAAAGUUCUUUAUCAAACAUUACCUAACCAAGUACUAACAUCAAACUUUCCCUCUGAGCCGUCUGUUGUCUGUGAAAUUUGCUUUUUUUUUAGCAUCUUGAAAUGUCAUUUUUUAUUGUCAUAGCUGUAAAGUAUUUUCUAUAUGGUUUCUGCAUGUUGUAAUUAAAUUAUUAAACAUGGCUUUCAAAUCAUGA